CAAUGCAACGCAGACGACGGAACUCUAAGACAACAGGACCUAAAGCUCUACUGAAUUAAACUGACAUUUCAGACAGGGUUAUUGAAUUCCAAGGACGCCGAUUCAACUCUAAUUUUCCAAGUAGACGGAGUUCGACAGCAAGUCUUAGAGUCAGCAGUACUGCUCAUCCAUUGUCCUGGUCGGGGAAAAAGCGACGCCCUCAGGCCGCCGGUGGUACUGCAGGUGCCGGUGAGUUGUGAGAUAGUGGGAGUCUGAAUAAUUUAACGGCGGAAAAUGAGCUCCGAGGAGGCGGCAAUUCCACCGAAACAAAGCACAGAUGACGAUGGCAUGUCCUGGUGGUACCGGUGGAUCUGUAAAUUGGCUGGUGUCCUGGGAGGCAUUUCAUGUGCAACGAUGGGAGUUUGGAACUGCGUGACGGUGAAUCCGUUAAACAUCGCGGCUGGAGUUUGGAUGGUGUUGACAGCGUGUGUAUUGUUCCUGUGUGAGGUGCCGUUCUGUUGUCAGUUUGUGGAGUUCGCUAAUGUGAUCGCGGCACGUGCGGACCGACUGAAGCCGUGGCAGAAAGCCCUGUUUUACUGCGGGAUGGCGCUGUUUCCUAUAUUUUUGAGCUUUUCGAUCACGACUUUAUUUGGGAAUGCCAUCACGUUUGCUACAGGAGUGCUGUACGGACUUGCAUCUCUUGGAAAGAAAGGUGAUGCAGUGAGCUACGCUCGAUUACAGCACCACAAACGGAGCGAUGAAGAGAAACUUACAGGAACAACCGAUGGAUCUGUGCCGUGAAUCUCGCAUCUUCACCUCCCCUCUACCUCCAUUCCACCCUCUCUCUCUCUCUCUCUCUCUCUCUCUCUCUGUGUGACAAGGUGCAUUGCCAGACUAAAGUGUCUCCUCACUGUUUGUUGGGUAAAGCUCUUAGUAGUGUAGAUGUCUUAAUUUGAAACAAAUGCAAACAAGGCUGUGAAGUAUACAACUAUAGACUGAUCACUGUGUACCUUGAUGUUGAACAUUCAGCUGACUAAACCUUAAACACGUUACAUUGCAUUUGUGUAACUCGUACAAAUGAGAUAUGACUGAAGACCUUAAGACAGCGCAACCCACCGAAUGGUUUGUACGUCUAUUCCUCACAGCCUUGUUUUCAUUUGUGUUAAAUAUGCCGUCCAUCCUGUCUAACGUCCAUACAUAUGCUAACUUUUGACCUUUGAGAGAGCCCGCCAGUGGGAAAUUGUUCUCUAGUUAAUUUGUGUGAAAAUAAUUUUAAAUGAUGGGUUUUUAAUUUAAUAUUUGUAAUAUGUUAUAAUUUUUACAUUUAUUAAAUCUUAUUUUUGCCUCACUUUAUAAAAACGGCAAUUGGUCGACCUUAGGUUCCUUCAUACACCUGUGUGAUGAAGCUUAACAAUGUUUUUCUUUGUUUACGUUUCAUUUACGAAUCCCAGCGAUGGAGAGGUGUCAAUACAUUAACUUAAACUAUCGUCUCCAGCCUUGUCGCUUCUAUCGAACGACCGCAGCACCAGCGGAAGUAUUUGGAAGUUUGGCCAGUGGGAUUUUUCCCAGAACUAUUUUGUUACAUAGAUGAACAAAGAUACAAAAUGUAAGCAUGCAAAAUGUGUUUCAACGAUUACAGGUGUGUUAAAGCCAAUGCAGGGAUAAAAACAAAGUGUUUGUGAGCCUCUGUUAACUUAAUCUUAACUCAAAGAUUUCUGCGGCAUGUUUUGUGUACUGAAGAAACUGUGGAAUGUAAUUUUGCUACGCUGCUCCAAAAGCUCGCUGUCACUUUAAUAAGUGGUUACUGGUUGUUUCAUUAUAAGCUUGUUUGUGUGAGUGUUAUUCUGAAAGAGUUUAAAGUGUUUCCUCUAAUUUACUUUCCAUUUUCAGGACCGUGUGUGCGUUUCUGCCGUCUUAAAGGGAAAGUUCACCCAAAAAUGAAAAUUCUGUCAUUAUGUACUGACCCCCAUCCCAGAUGUACAGUAUAUGACUUUCUUUAUUCUGCAUGGCACAAAUGAAGAUUUGUAGAAUAAUAUCUAAUAGGUCCAUACAAUGAAAGUGAAUUGUGACCAAAACUUUGAAGCACCAAAAAGCACAUAAAAGCAGCAUAAACGUAAUCCAUACGACUCCAGUGGUUUAAUCCAUGUCUUCUGAAACAAUGCAGUCGGUUUUGGGUGAGAACAGACCAAAAUGUAACACAUUUUUCACUGUACAUCUUUCUACUACAGUUAAAUUGAUUUCAAGCUCGAUUACUCUUCCUAGUGCUUGACGCAUGCACUAGAUGGUGCUAGGAAGUGUAAUCGAGCUUGAAAUCAUGAUCGCCAAGGAGACGGCUGAUGUUAGGAUGAAAAAGGAGUUCUAUUUUGGUCUGUUCUCACCCAAAAUGGAUUGGAUCGCUUCAGAAGACAUGGAUUAAACCAUUCAUUUUAUGCUGCCUUUAUGUACUUUUUGGAGCUUCAAAGUUCUGUCCACCAUUUACUUGCUGAAAUAUUUUUCAAAAAAUCUUCAUUGUGUUCUGCAGAAGAAAGAAAGUCAUACACAUCUGGGACGGCAUGAGAGUGAGUAAAUGAUGAGAGAAUUUUUUAUUUUGGGUGAACUAUCCCUUAAAGCUUUUCUCUAAAGCCAUCUCUGUCCGCUGCACCGAAGAAGGGCUUUUUUCCGGAACAUCAAAUGACUCUGGAAUUUGUGUGAUGAUGCUUUGAUAAUGUGUUGUUGGGUUUUACUUGUUUACCAAACUGCUGCAUCUACCUGAGCCAGUCUCAACACUGACCGUUAGUAUAAAAAAUCAAGACAAAAGAACAUUUAUCGCUGAGGUCAGAGGUCAUUCUGUCCUGUCCGUACCUUUGUGUGAAUACUUACACUGGCUUUAAUUUUUUCAGGAUGAAUGCUCACAAACUGUCUACACUACAUCUUUUACAAAAUCUGCAAGCAAAGAUUUGCAUGCAAGAUAUUUACCAAGUAAAGGAUUUUCCAAUAACACUAUUGAGACUUUUCAACUACAAACUAUUUAGGGAUCGAAAUCCACCAGCACACAAACCAGCUCAGAUCUCACUAUGCAUCUUGGUUCUAAUCUUUCCUUCUAAAAUUAAUAUUUGUUGCUAAAUUAGGUGUCAAAUCCCUUCAGUAGCUUUCAAAGGUCUUAUCAAAGUGUUUAUUACAAGAUCUUAGUCUCUGUUAUCUUGAAAUCAAACUUAUUAUAACAUGGUGAUCUGGUCCGCAGACGUCUGUUGAAUGUGGUUCCAGAUAGUCACAAUAAGCAUUGAGGCUAUUUAAUAAAUCACCAGACACACAGAAAACUACUGACUUAAAGGGAUAGUUUUAUUAAAAUUCUCUCAUCAUUUACUCACCCUCAUGCAUCCCAGAUGUGUAUGACUUUCUUUCUGCAGAACACAAAUGAAGAUUUUUAGAAGAAUAGUUCAGCUCUG